GCUGGAGUCUCCAAAUCUCCAUGGUGUCUUGAUGCAAAACAGGAUGUGACAUCAGCAGCCUUCACGUCUUCUGCUCGUGCGGUUUGGGCAUGAGUGAGAAGCCCCGCCCUCAUUCGCCAACUGACCAAUCAGAAUGUUCGAGGUGAAGCCCAUGAGCGUUGAGAAGAAGGACACAGCUGCGGGAACAGAUGAGGGCAGUAAGGUGUGUGACGAGGGUGUCAGCAGGGAUUCGCUGUAUCUCUACGAGGGACAGGACUGGGUUAUCUCCCCCUCCUGCUCUCCUGAGGAACCCAGCGCCAUCUCACCCAUGCUGGCUGAGGAAACUUUCCGAUACAUGACAUUUCUAGCUGUUGGCUCCUCUUAUCCCCAUAAUGGCUCUAACAGCCUCUCUAAAGUCCUCAGCGCUGAGCGGGUGGAGCAGAUGACCAAGACCUACAAUGACAUCGACGUGGUCACACACCUCCUGGCUGAAAGGGAUCGUGAUCUGGAAUUGGCCGCACGGAUUGGUCAGUCUCUCCUGCAGAGGAACCAUGUGCUACAGGAGCGAAACGAAUCUCUGGAGGAGCAGCUAGCACAGGCUGUAGACCAGGUUCAUCAGCUUCAGCAUGAGUUGGCGAAGAAGGAUGAGCUCCUCCGGAUGGUUGCGAGCGCCAGCGAGGAGAGCGAGACCGACUCCAGCUGCUCCACGCCGCUACGCCACCCCGGGCCCUCGGGGGCCGCUCUCGCCCUCAGCCAGCUGGAGGCCCUUCAGUCCAAACUCCAGGAGCUGGAGGACGAGAACCUCUCGCUGAGAUCUGAGGCCUGUCACCUGAAGAAGGAGACCUUCACUUAUGAGGAGAAAGAACAGCAGCUGGUGAACGACUGCGUUAAAGAGCUACGUGAGUCGAACAGUCAGAUGGUGUCACUGACGGACGAGCUCUCCCUGAAGAACGAGGAUUUAAUGAGACAUCAGGAGGAGAUCGCCCAACUCCUCACACAGAUCGUAGAGCUCCAGCACAGAGUCAAAGAGUUGGCGCUAGAGAAAGAAGAGCUGAGAAUUCACCUUCAAGCCUCAAAGGAAGCACAACGGCAACUUACGGCUGAGCUUAAGGAGCUGUCCGACAGAAAUGCAGAGUGUGUGGGAAUGUUGCAUGAGUCUCAGGAGGAGAUUAAGGAGCUGCGCAGUAAGAACACCCCGUCUGCAGGCCUGCGCAGACACCUGUCUUAUGGACUCUAUCCCAUGGAUUCUUUGGCAGCUGAGAUUGAAGGUACUAUGAGGCGAGAGUUGAGUGUAGAUGAAGAAAUCGCCUUUGAGGACCAGAGGUCGACCCAUAAGCGUGUGUUCCAGACGGUACAGUCAGUGAACCGGGCCGUGAUGAGAGCGGCUGCCGCUGUGCCUCCGAUCCCUGGAUCCGCUCGCAGCGGCGUGAUCAUGACACCAGUGCCCUAUCUAUCACACACACACAACACAGAGGAAGAAGCUGGAGAUGUGGACCGCACCAAAGAGAACUCCCGUCGAGGUCAGCCUGGUUCUCCCGGAGGAAACGACCUGACGUCAGCCGUGAACCGUCUCUCCCUGCGGAGGCAGAACUUCGUGUGUGAGCGACAGUUCUUCCAGGCGGAGCGAGACCGGAAGCUGAAGCUGUUGGCGGAGGAGUCGGACGCCGGCGCGAGCGGGUGCAGUUCACCAAUGGGAAGCACCGUCUCUUCUUUCACCAACCUAUCAGAAUUCUCCUUUUCCUCCAGCUGUUUCAAGACAUUUCUUCCUGAAAAACUGCAGAUUGUUAAACCAAUGGAAGGUUCUCUGACUCUUCAUCAUUGGCAGCAGCUGGCUAAACCCCACCUGGCCACUAUCCUAGACCCCCAUCCAGGUGUAGUUACCAAAGGCUUCCGCCCUCUCCCUCAGGACAGUGUUUAUCACCUGAAUGACCUUGAAGAAGACGAAGACCAGGCUAAACUCUCAUGGGAACAUAAGAGAAAAGAGGAGGAGACACAGGCCACAAAAACAAAAGAGGAUGAGGAGGAGGAAGAAGAGGAAGGAAUCACAUUUCACGUGCGGUCAUCAUCUACUCCGGAAGAGAAGACCGAGAGGAGGCGUGUCCAAAGCCCAGUUAAGGUCCCGCCCCUUCCUGCAUCCCUCAGGAACUCCCCUGUGCCCAUAGCAACGGUUGUGUCCUUAGCAACAGCAGUUAACCAGACAGCUUCUCCUACAGUCAGUUCUGGAGUCUCGGAAUCAGCAGUUCCCCAGUUUGACCUGAAUAUCGGCUCUAAAGCGUCCUCUACAGCUAUAAACCCUGGGAAAUAUCAGAGCUCCACUUUUUCCACGUACACCUUCACUACCUGCCGGAUCCUGCAUCCCAGUGACAGCACACAGGUUACACACAGCUCUGCCUGUAGUCCUUCUGUCAGCGUUAACACCCCGAGUUCUCUCCGGACUGGUCCCAGUACUCCAGUCACACCCUGCAGGUUGAGUCUGGGUGAUUGUUUCCCGGUUCGCCGGCCUGCAGCGCCCCCUGGUGGUCUCGCCAAGCUCCUGCUGGAGAAAGGCAUCUCUGCUCAGGGUCCCGUCGCUGUGGCGGCACCUAAAAAGCCUCUUUCUCUCCGUCUUCUUCCCAGCACUCCUCCAAACUCCCCCUCCCACUCCCCAUGCCCCUCCCCAGUGCCCUUCGACUCCCGCUCCACCUCUUCGGACAACUUUCUGGCAUCCCGUCCCGCUGAGCUCUUCCUGCAAGACGUUUACGGGCUGAAACUCGGUCGUGCCUCUCGACCGGAUCUCCUCAGCCCUGAACAACCCCCUCACGGCCAGUCAACCAAACCGGACCGCCACGGCGUCAAGCUCGUGGAGCAUCUGCGCAAGCUAGGCUUGGAUAAAAAAGUGCUCCAAGGGUCUGAUGCCGAUGGUGCCCAUCCACAGGAGUCUGCCACCUUCCUAGCAACAGGAGGCGGCAGCUUAUUGGACGGGCUUAGGCGAAAUCAAAGUCUACCUGUUAUGGUUGGCCGCCGUAGCGCAUCCGUUUCCAGUCCGUCCUUCCCUGUCCCGCCCCCUCACCCGACUUCAUUGGCCAUUCCCACUCCACCAUGGGGGAACCCAAACGAACCACGCCGCACACGUAGGCCCGCCUCCCUUUCUCAGGCCCCGCCCCACCUGCAUAAUUAAUACGGAUGUGGGAGGGGUCUUAGUCCAUGCCAUCAAAACCGUCAGUUCCCCUUCCUGCCACC